CUGGUUCUUCUGGACCAUCAGCGAUAUUGCCCCAUCUCUUCGGCCUUUUAAUCGCUCUGCCGAAUCGCAUACAUACAACUCCAGUGUGCGGACAGUAAUCGUAUCGUCCUCAAUCUCCUUACUAGAACCUCUCUGUGCCUCCCUUUCUCCCCCUUCUCGUCUAAACAACCGCCGCCUCCUCCGUCUCGCGGAUCCGAGUCCAAUAUGGUUGAACCCACCGACGAGAAAGAUACCGAUCCCACAACCCCCAUCAAAGCCGACAAUGUACACACCGGAGUUGCCCCAUCCUACGAGCAGGACCAAGGCUAUGUGCAAGAAUACGCAGCACCCAAGGCCGGGAUCGAACUUCGUCCCAGACCGACCUCGGACAGAUUCGAUCCGUUGAAUUUUUCGCGAUCGCAGAAGCUCAUCUGCCUUGCCGUAGUCAUGUACUUUUACUUCUGGUUCACGGCGAUAACCACCAUCACCGUGCCGUCUUUCUUGCAGCUUCAGGAGCAGUACGGCAUCUCCUACGCCCAGGUGAACUGGACCGUCGCUAUUCCGGCGCUCGGGCUCACGGUUGGCCCGUUGAUCUGGUCGUCGCUCGCCGAUAUCUUUGGAAGAAGGCUCAUCUUCAUUGUUGGCACGGUGAUCGCUUUCUUCUCGACCAUCGGGGCUGCCCUCGCUCCAGAUUACAGCUCAUACAUGGCCGCACGAUUCUUCCAAGGGUUGGGCGUGAGCCCUGCGUCAACAGUCGGACUAGCUAUCAUCAACGAUUUAUUCUUUGAGCAUGAGAGAGGCCAAAAGGUUGGACUGUGGGUGUUGGCCCUGGAUAUGGGACUGUUGGUCGGACCCCUCAUCGGCGGUUUCAUAACACUGGUCAACCAGUUUUGGGUCCAGUGGCUCACGGCCAUCAUCUUCGGCGUCCUGUUGGUCGCCGAAGUGUUCUUCUUGCCCGAGACGCUGUAUCCGCGCAGCCUGAUGCUCUCCCGGCUGCCUACCACUACCGAUGGAUCGGAGAAGGCACCGGACCCCCAGCACGACGAUUAUCCCGCUCGCACUAGAGCUCUACCGUUCAUCAACUUGAAGCCUGUUCCUGGAGUUGGCGCCCAGAAGCCCUAUGAUGCUUUGUUCUAUUUUUUCAAGACUUGGUCCUACCCGAACGUUGUUAUUUCUGUCUUUUUUUAUUCGUUUGCGUUUUACUGGUGGAUCCUCUCGGUCGUGACUUAUCUCCCAGUCGCCUAUAUCCAAUACCAGCCGCAGAUCCAAGGACUUCUCUUCCUCGGCCUCAUCCUCGGAACACUAUUCUCAGAAGUCCUAUGCUCGGGCACGCUGAGCGACUUCAUCGUCACCAAGCUAGCCAAGAAGAACAACGACGUCCGCGUAGCCGAGAUGCGUCUGUGGCUGAUGUACCCGUCGAUCCUGCUCGCGACCAUCGGCCUGAUCGCGUGGGGGAUCUCGGUGGACAAAGGCUACCACUGGUUCGUCGGGCAGGUCGCGUUGUUCCUCGUCGGUGCCGGGAUUCAGAUGGGCAACACUGCGGUCUCAACAUACGUCGUCGACUGCUAUCCGCACCACGCAAUGAGCAUGAUCACAUUCUAUGCGGUCCUCCUGAACGGCUCCGCCUUCGUCAACCCGUUCUUUAUCGCCCCCUGGUGCGAUACCGUCGGCUUCUCCUGGACGUUUGCUGUCCAGGGUCUCAUCACGCUCCUCGUGAUGGUGCCGGUGACAAUGCUCUUGCAGGUCUUCGGGGAGAGGAUGAGGACGUGGAGAGGGCCACCGAGCUGGGUGUCGCCUGAGUACUCCAUCUGA